UUUUAAUCAGUAGUACGAAAUAAAAUGUGAUGGCAGUACUACUUACGUACCGUAGUUCGUUGUGACUUGAUAAACACUUAAUAUGUUUAUUUGAUUAAUUUUUUUUUAUUUUGUGAGUGUUAUUUAUUAUUGUAUAUACGUUUUUUUUUAUACAAUACAAUAAGCAAAUUGGACAAAUAAAUUUAAGAUUACAUCGGUUCUUUAACAGACUCGGAAUACGAUACGGCCCAUGCACAAUGAUGGGUAACUUCAGAUCGAAAACUUGCAUUGUUCUAUUAGUAGUCGUGGUAUUGAUUGCUGCGAUUUCAGUCCUAUUCGUAUAUACACGAAAUGGAUCCGACGGUGAAAAACCAGACCCGGAACAUGAGUUGCCACCAUCGUUUAUGCCAAUGGGAUCUUACAGCAACGUUGGCGUCGUGUCCAACGGCGGACCAUGCGCACAGAUCGGAGUGGAUGUGAUGGCCAAAGGAGGAAAUGCCGUAGAUGCCGCUAUAGCAACAAUGUUAUGUGACGGUGUUCUAUGUCCUGAGUACAUGGGUAUUGGUGGAGGAUUUUUAAUGAGCAUUUACGACGGAAAAACCAAAAAAGUUACGACAAUCAAUGCACGGGAAAGUGCACCGGCUGCAGCAACUGCUGAAAUGUUUGUUAAAUAUCCAGAAAAGUCAAUACUUGGUGGCUUGGCGAUCGCUGUUCCUGGGGAACUCAAAGGCUAUUCGACGAUUUUUAAGUCAUACGGUAGUGGUAAAGUUUCAUGGAAAUCUUUAUUUGAGCCAACUAUUGAGUUAUGCGAAAAUGGAAUACAGAUCAGCGACCGUCUAGAGAUAAACAUGAAAAAUCACGAAGAAUUAAUAAAAAAUGAUCCAUUUCUUAGACGAGCAUUUUUCGAUGAAAAAACUGGACAUGUAAAAAAAUCUGGAGAACAUUACACGUUACCAAAGUUAGCAGAGACAUUGAAAAUCGUAUCAGUUGAAGGUGCCGAAGCUAUAUAUAAUGGGUCAUUAACAAAACAAUUAGUGGAAGAUAUAAAAAAAGUCAACGGUAUCAUAACCGAAAAAGACCUGGCCAAUUAUGAGGUAGAAGUUAAAGAAUCUAUGCCCGUACAUUUAAAAAGUGGACAUACAAUACAUUUGGGGCCACCACCUAGUUCUGGUGUAAUAUUAGCCUAUAUACUUCGAAUAUUGGACGGAAUAUUACCAGCACCAAAUCCUGGAUUAGAUGCACAUCGAUUUGUAGAGGCUUUCAAAUUUGGAUUUGGCGAGAGAACACAUUUAGGUGAUCAUAAUUUCGUAAACGUAACCAAUAUUUAUGAUAAAAUAACAAAUGACAGCUAUAUUGAUAGUAUUCGAAAUAAAAUAUCCGAUACAUUCACUUCGUUGGACCCCAAGUACUAUGGUGCUGACUAUGAUUCGUCAGAAAAUCACGGAACUGCUAAUAUUGUUGUAACCGAUUCGAAUGGAAACACUGUCGUAGGAACCAGCACUUUAAAUAUAUACUUUGGUUCUGGUUUUGUGUCUCCGAGCACUGGUAUUAAUUUAAACAACGAAAUGGACGAUUUUUCUACUCCCGGAGUUAUUAACUAUUACGGUAUUCCAUCCUCGCCUGCCAAUUUCAUUGCACCGGGCAAACGACCAAUGUCAUCGAUGUGCCCUACAAUAAUCACCAAUAAAGAUGGAGAUUUUGUUCUCGGAGCUGGAGCAGCAGGUGGAUCAAAAAUCACGCUUGCCACGUCCUAUGUGACAGCCCUAAAACUAUGGUACAAUAUGACAUUGAAAGAAGUCAUAGACAAACCUAGAAUUUACCACCAACUUAUGCCUAUGGUUGUUCAAUAUGAAUACGGAACGACAAAGUCCGUCGUACAAACACUUAAAGAUAUUGGGCAUCCAGUAAGUAGAUUGAAGAAUACAAUAGGUUCAGCAGCAACAGCAAUUGCAAAGUCCUCUUCAGGAAUGAUCGAAACAAUGCCAGAUUGGAGGCGACCAGGAAAUUCGUCCGGAUACUAACACGAUAUUAUUAUGUCGAUAAGAUUAUGUUUAGUAAAUUGUUCUUGUAAAACGUACCUUGUAAGUUCCUAAAAAGAUUAUAUUCACGACUAUUGAUAGUACACCUUAAAUUGUGUGUAGUCAACAUUAUGUAUUAUUGUGUAAUUAUUACUACCUAUUAUAACUUUAUUUAUCCUUUA